AUGGUGGUCAGUCUGGAUAGCACAUUGCUAUGUGUGUUUGCUGAUUCAGGUGUAGUGAAGUCAGUAAUGGAGGGAGACUCAGUCACUCUGGAGUCUGGUGUUGCUCAACUAAAGGAAGAUGAUGUGGUGACGUGGAAGUUUGGACAUAAAAACACUCAGAUAGCUCAAAUGGAUCUAGAUACUGGAAUCUCCUUCACAUUUGAUGGUGAUGCUGUGGGAUUCAGAAACAGACUGAAGCUGGAUCAUCAGACUGGAUCUCUGACCAUCAUGAACACCAGUACAGCAGACUCUGGAGUUUAUCAAAUAACCAUCAGGGGCAAGACAAAACCAACCACACACAACUUCAGUGUUACUGUAUACGCUCGUCUGUCUGUUCCUGUCCUUAACAGAGACUGUUCUUCCUCCUCAUCUUCAUCAGUGCAGAAUUGUUCAGUGUUGUGUUCAGUGGUGAAUGUGAGCGCUGUGAGUCUCUCCUGGUACAAAGGAAACAGUUUAUUGUCCAGCAUCAGUGUGUCUGAUCUCAGCAUCAGUCUCUCUCUACCUCUGGAGGUGGAAUAUCAGGAUAACAACACCUACAUCUGCGUGAUCAACAACACCAUCAGCAACCAGACCACACAUCUGGACAACAACACACUCUGUCAGCCAUGUCCAGCAUCUACGUCUACAACUUCUCCAAACUCUCAGCUCAUCCUGAUUUCUGUCGCUGCUGCUGCUGGAUCUCUGAUCAGUGUUACAAUAGUCGGGAUCAUCUGGAUCUGCAAGAACCGAAAAAAAACUGAUCAGAAAGAAACAGUUCAGAAACAGACUCGUGAUGAUCACCGUGAUGAUGAGGUCACUUACGCUGCUCCAACGUUCUACAAAAAAAAUGCACAACGAUCGGAGGAUGAGGUGGUGUAUGCAGGCAUCGUCACAAGACGCUGAUGAUCAACAGUCAGUACUGGUUACAUUAAUGCUUAAAAAAAAGACAUGGCAACAAAACUAUUAAAUGCGCAAAAAUGAUGUUGAAUUUGAAUAAUGUUUAAAAAGAAACUUU